ACCCUUGUGAAAUUUCCUCUUCAGAUUUUAAUCAUGCCAGCAAAAACGACUAAAAGUUCUACUGCUGUUAAGCCACGGGGGAAACGGUCGCAGCCUCGGGAUGACUCCGACGAGGAGUUGAACGUACCCCCUAAAGAAAUUAACUCCGGUGACCAAGACGCACCACUGACGAAUGAUGCCGCUCCCGUGGAGCCUACCGAGGCGGUUGAUAAUCGAAGUUUGGAAGAGAUUCUCGGUAGCAUCCCUCCACCCCCGCCCCCAGCAAUGACCAAUGAACCGGGUGCUCCUCGCUUGAUGAUAACACAUAUUGUUAAUCACAAUUUUAAAUCGUAUGCUGGCGAGCAGAUACUGGGGCCUUUUCAUAAGCGCUUUUCCUGUAUCAUAGGUCCAAAUGGCAGUGGGAAGUCCAACGUGAUAGACUCUAUGCUGUUUGUGUUUGGAUACAGGGCACAAAAAAUCAGAUCCAAAAAACUUUCAGUGCUGAUUCACAGCUCUGAUCAGCACAAAGAUGUCCAGAGCUGCACUGUAGAGGUGCACUUUCAGAAAAUUAUUGAUAAGGAAGGAGAUGACUACGAUGUCAUCCCUAACAGCAAGUUCUGUGUGUCCAGAACUGCCAGCAAAGAUAAUUCCUCGUCCUACCACAUCAAUGGCAAAAAAGCCACUUUCAAAGAUGUUGGAGCGUUGUUGCGUAGCCACGGUAUCGAUCUGGACCACAACCGAUUUCUAAUUCUACAGGGAGAAGUGGAGCAGAUUGCCAUGAUGAAACCCAAAGGGCAGACGGAGCAUGAUGAGGGCAUGCUGGAAUACCUGGAGGACAUCAUUGGCUCCUGCCGCCUUAAAGAGCCUAUCAACACCUUGUGCCGCCGAGUGGAGCAGCUCAACGAGCUGAGAGGAGAGAAGCUUAAUCGUGUGAAAAUGGUGGAGAAGGAAAAAAGUUCCCUGGAGGGAGAGAAGAACCGAGCAGUGGAGUUUCUUACCCUAGAGAAUGACAUCUUUAAGAAGAGAAGCCAGCUCUGUCAGUAUUACGUGCAUGACUUACAGAAGCGUGUUGCUGAGAGAGAGGCCGAAAAACAGCAAAUCCAAGAUAACACAAAGGAACUGAGUGAAAAGAGCAACCAGCUAACAGAGCAAACGAAGGAGAAGACUCAAGAGCUGAAAAACGUUGAAAAGAAAUUGGGCAAGCUGACUAAAUUCAUUGAAACUCAGAAAGAGAAGUUCACCCAACUAGACCUUCAGGACGUGGAGGUGCGCGAGAAACUCAAGCACACCAAGAGCAAGACCAAGAAGCUGCAGAAACAGCUGCAAAAGGACAAGGAAAAGUUGGAGGAGGUUCGGAACAUUCCAGCCAGCAGUGAGAAGACCAUCACAGAAGCCACCGCUCAGAAGGAGCAGUUGGAGGUGCAGAAGGCUAAAGAGGAGGAGAAGCUGGCUCAGGUGAUGGAGAGCCUGAAAGAGGAGACUAGUGGUCUACAACAGGAAAAAGAGGCAAAGGAGAAGGAGCUUUUGGAGCUGAGUAAGGCUGUGAAUGAGACACGUUCACGGAUGGAUGUGGCCCAGUCUGAACUGGACAUCUAUCUGAGCCAGCAUAACACUGCGCUCACACAGCUCAACCAGGCCAAGGAGGCCCUGCAGGGGGCCACUGACACACUGAGGGACAGAAGGGCCGCUAUCAAAGAGCUGGAGGUUAAAAUCCCCAAGUGUGAGCAGGAGCUCAAGAAGGAUGAGCAGGAACUAGAGCAGAUCUCACAGGCCGACGGGCAAGCCCGGGAGACGCUCAGUGACAUGAGACAGAAGGUGGAGGAGGCCAAAAGCUCUCUGUCCUCCAACCGCAGCCGUGGCAAAGUGCUAGAUGCUCUCAUGCAGCAAAAGAGGAGUGGCAAAAUCCCUGGCAUUCUGGGACGUCUGGGCGACCUUGGGGCCAUUGAUGAGAAAUAUGACAUUGCCAUUUCCUCCAGCUGUGGUGCUCUGGACAACAUUGUGGUUGAUACCAUUGAUACAGCUCAGAGAUGUGUCACAUUCUUGAAGGCUCAGAAUGUUGGUGUUGCCACAUUCAUUGGCUUAGACAAGAUGAAAGUCUGGGAGAAGAGCAUGGGUGCUAUAUCCACUCCAGAGAAGAUCCCUCGUUUGUUUGACAUGGUGAAAGUGAAAGACGAAGCCUUGCGCCCUGCUUUCUACUUUGCUCUACGGGACACACUGGUGGCUAAAGACCUGGAGCAGGCUACUAGAGUGGCCUUCCAGAAGGACAAACGCUGGAGAGUGGUGACCCUGCAGGGACAGAUCAUCGAGCAGGCCGGUACUAUGACUGGAGGAGGAGGCCGUGUAAUGAAAGGCAGGAUGGGCUCCUCCAUAGGCACUGAGGUCACUCAAGAGGAGCUUGACCGCAUGGAGAGUAAACUGAAUGAAAAGGUGGCGCAGCUGCAGGUCUGGCAGCAGAGGAAACAGCAGCUGGAGGAGAAGGUUCACAAGCAAAGGCGGGAGCUGAGAGACAUGAAGAACACACUGGAGAAAUACACAGCCAGCAUCCAGGGUCUUGCAGAGCAGGAGAUUCACUUGAAGUCUCAGAUGAAGGAACUGGAGGCAAAUGUCAUUGCUGCUGCCCCUGACAAGGCUAAACAGAAACAGAUGGAGAAGAGCCUGGAGGCCUUUAAGAAAGACUAUGAGGCUGCCUCGAAUAAAGCAGGCAAAGUUGAAACAGAGGUGAAGAGACUCCACACCCUCAUUGUGGACAUAAACAGCCACAAGUUAAAGGCACAACAGGACAAGCUUGACAAGGUCAACAAAGAACUGGAUGAGUGCUCCUCCGCCAUUACCAAAGCCCAGGUGGCCAUCAAGACUGCCGGGCGGAACCUGAAAAAGUCAGAGGAGACAGUGGCACGGCUGGAGGCUGAGAUAACUGAGAAUGAGAAGUCCAUGGAGGAGCUAAUGGAGCAGCUGAAGAAGUUAGAGGAACAGGCAGGAGAGAUCAUGAAAGACUGUCAAGAGGCUGAGGAGGCGCUGCCUGAGGUUCAGGAGCAGCAUCGUGGCAUUGUGCAGGAGAUCAAGGCUAUCCAGGAACAGGAGCAUGCUCUUCAGAAAGAGUCUCUGAACGUGAGGCUGAAGAUCGAACAAAUAGAGACGGCCAUCACUGAGCACCAGACUAAGAUCAAACACUGGCAGAAAGAGUCCACAAAACUCUCCCUGCACACCAUCGACGAUAAGCCAGCUGAAGAGCUGCCAACACUGACCCCAGAUGACCUGGAAGCCAUUAAGAACCCUGACAUCAUCAAAAACGAGAUCGCUCUGCUGGAGGAUCGCUGCGCCCAGAUGAAGCCUAACCUGGGAGCUAUAGCCGAGUUCAAGAAGAAGGAGGAGCUGUACCUGCAGAGGGUGGCUGAGCUGGAUGAAAUUACUACACAGCGGGACAACUUCAAGCGUGGCUGUGAGGACCUUCGCAAGCAGAGACUCAACGAGUUCAUGGCUGGCUUCAACAUCAUCACCAACAAGCUGAAGGAGAACUACCAGAUGCUAACGCUAGGGGGCGAUGCUGAGCUGGAGCUAGUGGACAGCCUAGAUCCAUUCUCUGAGGGCAUCAUGUUCAGCGUACGCCCGCCAAAGAAGAGCUGGAAGAAGAUCUAUAACCUGUCUGGAGGAGAAAAGACCCUGAGCUCCCUGGCCCUGGUGUUUGCUCUGCAUCACUUUAAACCCACACCCCUCUAUUUCAUGGACGAGAUAGAUGCUGCUCUGGACUUUAAGAACGUGUCUAUUGUGGCAUGUUACAUUUACGAACAAACCAGGAAUGCUCAGUUUAUCAUCAUUUCUCUGAGGAACAACAUGUUUGAGAUUGCAGACCGUUUGAUUGGUAUCUACAAAACCUAUAACACCACCAAGAGUGUGGGCAUCAACCCCAAAACAAUUGUCCUCAAAGAUGUGGAGGUUGCGUCUGGAUGAACUCUGCCCACUCAGCUCUCAUGUUUGAAAAUAUUCCCAGGGAUUCAUUUGA